UUGCAGCGGGGCGCUUUAACCUGUUGUGCCGCCAGGUAGAGCCCUGACCCACCACGUCCGUCCGUCAUCUGUGUUCUUCCAGGCCCCAGGUUAGCCUGCUUUGGUUCUCAUCCGUCUGGCAUGGAGGCCCUGGGUCCUGGGAGCCACAGCGCCUCCCCAGCCUCGUCCACUCGCAGCCCGGACCUGCGGCGGCUGUCCAACCGCGCUGACUCGGCAUACAGCUCCUUCUCCGCGGCCUCGGGCGGUCCCGAGCCGCGCACGUUGUCGCCUGGGACCGACCUCCUUCCUUACCUAGACUGGGACUAUGUGCGCGUAGUGUGGGGGGGGCCCGCGGCCGCCGAGCCCACCGUUGCCCUGCGCACAUCCCCAGAGCCCCGGCCUGCGGCAGCUGCAUGCACUGGGCCGCGUCCCCCACAGGUGCAGGGGACCCCGGGGCCGCUCAGCAGGCAGGCCACCCCACUGCUGUACGCGCUGGCAGCCGAGGCGGAGGCCGCGGCGCGGGCCGCUGAGCCGCCCAGCCCGCCGGCCUCGAGAGCCGCCUAUCGCCAGCGGCUGCAGGGCGCGCAGAGGCGAGUGCUCCGGGAGACUUCCUUCCAGCGCAAGGAGCUGCGCAUGAGCCUGCCGGUCCGCCUGCGGCUGGGGGCAACCGCGAGGCCCCCGUCCGUGCUUCCGCGCUCCGCCUCGCUCAGCCACCCCGGCUGUGGCUGCGAAGCGGAGCCCGCCCACCCUGGGUCUCCAGCGCCAACGACCAGCGACCGGGGCUGCCUGGACGACCAGCGGGGCUGCCUGGACGACCAGCAGCGAAAGUGGUGUUUCUCCGAGCCAGGGAAGCUGGAUCACGUGGGGUGGGGCAGUGGGUUGUCAGGGAAAUACUCCGCUGAGUUGGGCUCCAGCUCUGGCCUCCCUAGGCUUGAGCCCCAGGAGUUGCAGCGCUGCACGCUGGCAGAGGUCAGAUGGCUGCGCGGGAGUCAGCGCGGUGGCACAGAGGACCCAGAACCCGGGUCCUCGAAGCUCGGCGUUGCCUACAGGCUUGCCACCCGGAGUAGGCGUGCUUCAGAGGAAAUGUUGGGUUUCUGCGGAGAUCAAGGAGGGGCCAUGGCUGUAUCCCAGGCUGUUCCCUACGGAGCAGAAUCCUCCAGACCACCAUUGUUUCAGACCAGACUAUCCAGGUUCCCCACUCAGAAGGAGGUGGCAGUGGUGUGUCCUACAAAGGGCUCCCACAACAGCUCCCCCCGCUAUGAGAAGAGGGGCUCAGACCCUUGUGUUGCGUCUGCACGGCUCCCCUCUCUUCCUGAUGAUGAUGUUUUCCUGGAAGAAGCCCCGUUGGUCAGCGUGACAUCACCUUCAGUCUCUCAUGACCCCUUGGGGCUCCCAACCAGUGUCCAUGCCCCUCCCCAGGAAUACAGAGCAGGCUUGGGUCAAAGGGCUGACCGGGCUACAACCUCCCCAGAGUACUCCUUUCAUAAGUGCCCAGAGACUGCAGGGGCAGGUGACUGUUGGCACGAGGUACCUGGUUCUGUGGAUGUCUCCAGUCCAACAUGCUGUAGCUCCCCUGGGACUGCAAAUGGUGACCUCCCAACCAUUGACUCCAGUGGACUGCUGAAUACUGACCCCUCUGCAGCUUCAGGGAGUGACCCCCUUAAGCCUCUCCCAAUGGAUGCCCUGAAACCUCCAGGCAGUGAUACCCCAGGAUCACCUGACCACAGUGCCCUGGCCUGGGGCAUUGACCAGCCUGCUUCCAGAUCAACUUGGCCCAGUCCCCGCCUCGAAGAGCUGAUUCAGGAGCUGGCUAGACUGGACCCCUCUCUGAGUGACACUCUCACCUCCUACCCCAGCCCAGAGCCACCUGUGGCCCUGAUAGAUGGGCUGAUUCCGAUAGCCGAAGUCUGGGCUGCCAUGAGGUCAGUCUGUGGGGAGGCUGGAGAGAAUGCUGCUGGCACCUCUGAACCAGGCUCUGGCUUUGUCCCCACACCCUACCUAUUUAGCUCUACCCAGCUCCUGCCAACUUCGCAGAAGGAGUCCAGGCCUGAAAGUCUUAGUACCCAUCCUGUGCCUGACAUCCCACGUGGCCACGCUCUUCCUGAGCCGAAUAAUAGCAUUCAAGCCAAGAAAGUGGAGCUAGCCAGUCUCCUCCAGAAGAUGCUGGAGGACCUUCAGGGCGAGCAGGAGCGACUGCGAGAGGUGGCCCAAGCGUGGGCCAGGCGCGGGACUGCGCUGGAGGCCGCGGUGGGUCAGGCCUGCGCGCCCCGCGAGCUGGAGCGGUUCAGUCGCUUCAUGGCGGACCUAGAGCGUGUUCUUGGGCUCCUGCUGCUGCUGGGGACUCGCCUGGCCCGCGUGUGCAGCGCGCUGAACCGAGCCGGUGCGGACAGGGACCCUGACGAGCAGGCCUCCCUGCUGCAGCGACUCCGGCUCCUGCAGCGGCAGCAGGAGGACGCCAAGGAGCUGAAGGAGCACGUGGCGCGGCGCGAGCGGGCCCUGCGCGAGGUGCUGGCGCAGACGCUGCCCGCCCGGGAGCUGCGGGCCUACUGCACCCUGCUGGCCGGGAAGGCCGCCGUCCUGGCCCAGCAGCGCAGCCUGGACGAUCGUGUCCGGCACCUUCAAGACCAACUGGACGCGGUCAAGAGCGGCCUUGGUCAACGACUCUCUCCUCCUUUGCCUCGUGGACCAGCCUGGGUCCCAGGGAUCGGACCUCGCCAUAAAGAGCCCUUCCCCUCUCCCCUCAACUAGGGACAAUGGAGGUGGGGCGCAGGCCCAGCUUUUCCAGGAUACUUCUUACAAGUAUGCUCAUGUGGUCUCACCAAAUCUUGCAGUUGAUAAUGAGUUGAUGGAUUUAAGAAACAAAACCCCCUUUUUCUGUGUGAUGAGGGAUUACCUCAGGGUUGGUGGAAAGCAGAGGCCAUAAGUCAAGGAGCAUUCGAUUGAAGAUGCAUAACAGCUUUUUAUCAAUAAAAAUUGGUUUGUGUGGUUCGUGGGUCACCUGUAGCAUAGCUUGGGGCAGGGAUCUUGUUUAUCUAUUUACUAGAGCAGAAGUGGGGUUUCUGGGUUGACUUCAGUCAUGUCUAGGAAUCGCUAGGAAUACUGGAGGACUUGAAAAAAGGGUGGAACAGGUGGAUGGUAGGCCCUCGACUCCACUGCUGCCAGUGUUCCCUAAUUCUGGAGACAACUUCACUUCCUCAAGUCCAUGCCCGGCUGGCUGAUUUUCCAACUUCAGUAGUAGUGGUGGGGUUACUGUUUCC